AUGUCAAGAGCGUUGCAAACAGGCGCAGAUGCGCGAGCAUUGAGAGACACCAAGUUCCCGGAGAUCUUCAAGCAGAAGGUCGACAUCACGAAAGUACAAUUGCCUGUGAUAAAGAAGUGGAUGGCGGACAAGAUCACGAAACUCCAAGGUUUUGAUGAUGACUUUCUCCCGAUCAUGAUUGAAGAGAUGCUGAUAGAGCACAGGGAUAUUAGAGAGAUACAGACCAGUAUUCGAGAUUCGCUGGGGCCUCCGACCGCCGCUUUCUGUUUGGAGCUAUGGAAGCUAUGCCUCAGCGCACAACAAGAUCCCAACGGAGUCCCGAAAGAGCUGCUGGAAGCAAAGAAGCUCGAAGUCAAGCAGCAAAAGGUACGCUGA